AUGGGAAGUUCUCCCCUGCAGCAAACCCGCUGCAGCAGGGGCCCCUUGGGCGCUGCUACUGCUGCUGCUGCUGCUCACGCCUCCGCCGCCGACUGCUGCACUGCAUUUGAACUAUUCUCUGUAUGUCUGACAAACCUGCUGCAGCAGAUACUACAGUUUUUGUUUUGCGUUGCUCAGCGACCGCAAAUGGCAUGGCAGAGUCGGGAGCAGCAACGGCAGCGUGAGAUGCAGCAAGAGCAGCAGCAGCAGCAAGAGCAGCUGCAGCGGGAAAGCUUAAUCACCGGCUUCCCAUGA